GAGGCUUCUCUUUUUCCCCCAACAGCACAACCUCCCUCCCUCCCUCCAUCCACCCAUCCACCACUCUCUCUCUCUCUCUCUGAUUUCCUGCAAAAUUAGGGUUCGCUCCCCCUUCAAUUCCUCCUCUUCCGCUUCGCAAUUUCGCAAUCCAUUCCUCAUUUCCCUUCCCGUGCCUUUACUUUCUCAUCCGAUCGCUUCUGAAUCUCGAUCCUUUGGUCUGAUUCAACCCCAAGAUCCAAUUUUUCUUUUUCCCCCCGCACAGAAUCGGAGGUCUAGUCCGAGUUCCGUGCUGGGCGUUAUCAAUGGCGUCCGUGGAUUGCUCGUACUGGUGCCACAGCUGCAAUCAAGUCAUUCGGGUCGAGACCCACGAUUCGGAUUCGAUCAACUGCCCCAAUUGCGGCAGCGGGUGCGUCGAAGAGCUCGAGUCCCCGUCCGCGAUCCCCCUCCACCACCGGUUCCCCGCGGCCGCCAUGUACGCCGGGAAUAGCUCCGAUUCGGACCGCAGCGCGAGCCCCUCGCUGCGGCGCAGGAGGAGGAACGGCAGCGACAGAUCCCCUUUUAAUCCGGUUAUUGUCCUCCGUGGAGGAGCUGAUGGCGGCGACGAAGGGAUUGUGGUCGAAGGAGGUAACAAUUACGAGUUGUACUAUGAUGACGGUUCGGGUUCUGGGUUGCGGCCGUUGCCCGCGAGUAUGUCGGAUUUCUUGAUGGGUUCGGGGUUUGAUCGGUUGCUUGAUCAACUGGCUCAGUUAGAGAUAAAUGGGACUAGAAGGUUAGAGAAUUCCCCGGCUUCAAAGGCUGCGAUCGAGUCUAUGCCUGUGGUUAGGAUCAUUGGGAAUCAUAUAGAUACUGAAUCGCAUUGCGCAGUUUGUAAGGAAGCUUUUGAGCUUCAUGGUGAAGCUAGAGAAAUGCCUUGUAAGCACAUUUACCACGCAGAUUGUAUAUUGCCCUGGCUUUUAAUAAGGAAUUCGUGUCCCGUAUGUAGGCAUGAAUUGGCAAGUGAUAUACAAAGCAGUGUGAGCAAUGUGAAUGAUAGAGAUGGGAUUCGAGAAGAGGAUUCAGUGGGGUUGACGAUAUGGAGGCUCCCGCGUGGUGGGUUUGCGGUGGGGAGGUUUACAGGGGGAAGAAGAGCUGCUGAGAGGGAGUUGCCCGUUGUUUACACUGAAAUGGAUGGUGGUGGGUUCAAUGCUGGCGGGGUUCCAAGGAGGGUUUCAUGGGAGUCAAAUAAUAGGAGAUCCAGAGAGAGAAGUGGGUUGCGUCGGGCAUUUCGCAGUUUCAUUUCAUUCUUUGGGAGGUUUCGAACUUCAUCGUCCAGGUCAGGUGCUGAUCCUGAACCAGGGUCUAUGAGGAGAAGUCACUUAACUGCUGUAUUUGCUAGAUCUGCACGGAGGCGCAGCCAAGCCCUGUUCUAGUAUAAGAGGAAGCAGCUGUCAACAUUUCUCUCAUCUUCAAAUUAGUCUGCACUUGAUGGUGCAUUUGGCUGGCUCAAUUUGAUACAUGGCAAAGGUGGAACAUUUGCACAGUUAUUGUAGAUAAUAACACCAAUGGAAGUAGGAUGAAGAAGCUCUCUUUCGAAGGUCAUCUGUUUGAGGGGUAAAUUGUGUAAGGGUGUGUGUCCACACAAAUUUUGGCCAGAACAAGUUAGAAGUUUCUCAUGCAAUGCAUAUGGCUUUCAGAGGUAGAGAAUAGGUCAUUGUGUAUGGCUCCAUCUCUGCCGCUAGCUAUAUUAGAGGAGCUCUUAUCAGUUUUUGGUGGCUCAAAAGUUAUGAAAGCAAUUUUUUUUUUCUCCAUUCUAAUUUAUCAAAUUGCCUGUUCAUCUUUUGUGUC